CGGUACGACUUCAAAUCCAUGUCAAACUUUACGAGUGUCCUCGGUUAGACGUCAAGGGAUGAAUUUUGCCAGUCUCCUAUCGAAGGAGAUAGACAAGAAGCGGGCCAGUGCUGCUCCGAAAAGGCGUCUAGAUGAUGAUAUAAAUGAAGGAGUAACUGAAACCGAAAAAGAAGUAAAUGAAAAAGAACAAAAAGAGGAUCAAAAAGAGGAAAAAGAGGCAAAAGAGGAAAAAGAGGAAAAGGAAGAUCAAAAGGAAGAUCAAGAUCAGAAAGAUCAAGAUCAAGAUCGAUUAAAUGACAUUAGCGAGUCCAAGUUGGACGAAACACUCGUGCAAUUCAACGAAUACAGUGAAGAACUAAGCAAAAUUGAUAAGAUUAAGAAAAUCGAUAUCCUCCUUCGGAAUAAAGAACGAAACGAUCGGUACCAGAAACAAUUGGACAUGGAAGAGGCAGUCGACCCCAUGAUCGAUAUCCAACAAAUCACCGAUAUCGAACAACACCCAAAGAUAUACUUACAACUUCGAGUGCAUAUUAAGAAAUUGAUUCACGACUGGGAUAACCAUACUCAGAAAUUGGUCGACCCGGACCAGCUGCAACGCCAGCAGCAGCUUCUCUUCGAAACCAAACGGGAUUUGGUGAAACUCUUAUACAAGCUACGCAGCCAUAAACUCAAACAGGACAUGUUAAUAUCGUUGGCCACCAUUUUCUACUAUUUGCAACAGCAUGAUUACAACAAGGCAAAUGAAAACUACAUGAAACUAAGCAUUGGCAACGUGGCCUGGCCCAUUGGGGUCAAAAGCAUCGGUAUCCAUGCCAGAAGUGCUUCUCUGAAGAUAACCGGGGAGAACAAGCAGAUGGCUGCUAAUAUAAUGAUUGACGACAACACAAGACGCUGGAUAACCGCAAUCAAAAGAUUGAUCACCUUCGACUCAACAGCUCGUGCGGGUGUAUAACUGUAUAACUAUGUAUGGAUAUAUAUUAAUAGAAAUGAAUAGCAAUG